UGUGUAAGAUGGAUCAACAAGACAAAGCCAAUAAACUCCUAUUAAAGUGAAGGGAGCUAGCUAGCUGACCAUGCUCAAUUAUCACACAUUCAUCAGUUCUUGGUCAACUGCCUAUUUACCUAAGAGUAGCCGUCGUAGAACAUGGACGCGAGGUUGAGGGAGGCUGCUCAUGAGGGAAGCAUCGAACGUCUGUAUGCAUUGAUUCGAGAGGAUCCAAGUAUUUUGGAGCACAAUAUCGAUGAUAAUUUGUUUGCUGAUACUCCUUUACAUGUGGUUGCAUCAACAGGUAACCAACACUUCGCUGCAGAACUCAUGAGGUUGAAGCCGUCGUAUGCCAGGAAGCUCAACCCAGAUGGUCUUAGCCCCAUUCAGCUUGCUCUGCUUGGUGGCCAUGACCGCAUGGUGGAGUGGUUUGUCUCGGUUGACAGCAACCUAGUCCGCGACCAGGGAAGAGAGGGCAUGACUCCUUUGCAUUAUGCGGUUGCUAUGGAAAAUGGUCAUCUCUUGAAAGUGUUUCUACUGGCUUCCCCCAAUUCUAUUGAGGGUUUAACAACCAGACAAGAAACUGUAAUUCAUAUUGCUCUAAAAUUCCACAAGCUCAGAAUUUUUGAAGUGCUGCUUAGAUGGCUAAAAGUUGUCAAUAAGGAAGACAUCUUAAACUGGCCAGACAAGGAUGGCAACACCGUCUUGCAUACGGCCACAUCCAAAAAUCAAACUCAGGCUGUGGAAUUGUUGUUAAGCAAAAAUUUGAUUAUGAAGAUGAAGGUAAAUGCCAAAAACAACAUGGGCUUAACUGCUUUGGAUAUCUUUCAACUUCCAAUGGAAUUGGACAACAGAGAGAUUGGGGAUAUGCUAUGCCGAGCUAAAGUGUUGAGGGGUAUAUCUGUUGACCAUGAUCCCCUUGAAGAAAUAGAUGAGAUCAGCAAAGAGAUGUCAGUGCAGGAAAUAAAAGAAAAGUACCUUGGACCAUAUGUCCAAAAGAAAUUGCCAAAUGACAUGUCUCAGGCAAUUUUGACAGUGGCUGUACUGAUUGCAACAGCCACGUUUCAAGCUGCGCUUAGCCCUCCUGGUGGGUUAUGGCAAGAAACAACUACCAACGCCGACACAAAGGAGGCAAUGCAUUUCGAAGUACUCGUGAAGCAUUACGCGGGGACUUCAACAAUGACACCACUCCAUUUCUUUGAAUUUUAUUUGUUAAACAGUGCGACCUUUUAUGCCUCUAUGGGCUUAAUCCGCCUCCACACACAAGGCCUCCCUCACAGACUACUACGUUUAUCUUACUUAUUUCUAUGUGCCACCUAUUAUUGCUCUUUGUUCCUUAUCCACCCCAUCAACACAGACUCAUCAGACUCAAAAAUUCACAUUUACUUGGCCAUGCUUUUACAUUCCCAAAAUGUGGUUUGCAUCUUGGCAAUUAUAUUUGCUCCUCACUUGCUCAAGUUAAUAAUCCUUUUUAACAAACAUCUUAAUAUAAUAAACGUACUCAUUAUCGCCUUUUUCUUAGGGUAUGCCAUCUAUCUUUCUACUUGACUCUAGCUAACCAAUGCCCCGAACCUUUUUUAACUAAAAUGUUGAUAAAUUUUCUAAGGCGAUGGUAGUCCUAUUGUUGUAGAGUCAUGGUCUCUUUUGUAUUACACAUAUGACAAAUGCACUAGUAAAGUCUGUAUGAUUGUAAGGACCAUUAAAGUCAUGUUGUUGUCCACUCAUGGUCGCUUUAGAAAGGUCAAAGCGCACUGUUUUAUGAUUGUAAGGACCAAUUAUUCCACACAUUCUGUAUGAUCCCAUCCUCCUCUUCAUUUUUUUUAAACCCUUCUAAUUCCUUUUUCACCGGUAAAUUAUGUACUCCUAGAACCAAAUUUUCUACUCAUUAUGAGUGAGCUACAUAAUUCGGCAACCAACUAUUUUCAUGACAUCGUUGAAUGACAGAUACUAGAAAUAAUUUUCAACUAGAAAUAUUUUAAUUAGGAGAAGCUUUAUUAUUAUUAUAAAAGAAGGGACAUUGUCCAAGUGGUCCUGUUUGGCUAAUCAUUUUUUUUUUUUCUGUACUAUUUGGCUAAUCAUUUUAUUUUUUAUUUUAUUUUUUUUAUUUUUUUGAGAUCUUUUCUAACGAGCAAGGAUUUAAUUGGUGGUGAUGAGGAUGGCAUUGAAAUACUGUAUGGUUGGACAAUAACCCAGGGUCAUACAACAACAAUGACCCUGCAGUUUUUUAUAACUCAAGUAUUUCUUGGUGGGCAUGGAUGAAGAAGUUCCAUCUUCCUGAAGCUGAACUAAAUGGUUUUCUAUUUACCCAAAAAAAUAAAAAAUAAAACAAUAAAAUAAAAAUGACUAAGAUGGUUAGCCAUGUGA